AUGGAUAGAGAGAAGUUUCAGCAGAAGGCUCUGAAGCAAACUAAGCAGAAGAAAUCCAAGUCGGCUGAAUUUCUGAUGGUUAAAGAAGGUAGAGAAGCUACGGAAGGCAUUGGAAAUCCAGGUUUUAACAUGAGCAGCCCAGAUCUCUCAGCAUAUCAGCCUUCAGAAAAGAAAGUUAUUAGAAAUGACAUGCUGGAUCGCAUCCUUGCAGCUCGCCAACAAAAAUUCAGGCUGCUAGCCUCUGCUGAACCAAAAGGAAAUGAAUACAGCAGAAAUUACUUUGACCCACUGAUGGAUGAGGAAAUAAACCCAAGGCAGUGUGGGAUGGAGGUCAGCAGAGAGGAUGACAGCGUGGAGCAGGAGACCUUGGGUUCUGAAGAGCCGAUGAGGUCCAGUAAGAGUCCAGAACUCCACAAAGAGGAUGGUGAAGCCGCCUCUGCUUCCAGCGAGGACUUUGAAAGACAUGCUCAGAAAGACGUAAUUCUGCCUGGAAGUUCUUCAUCAGAACAGGAUUUGAAAUUUGAAGGGGAAGGACUCAGUCAAUACAUUCCUAUGUCAUGUUUGAAGACUGACAAAACAUUUGAGAAAGCUCCCCAUCGACCAUUAAUUGCUGACCUAAAUGUUUGUGAAGAAGACAGCGUAGCCAAGCUCUGUACCCUCACAGAAGGAACUCAUGAAUCAAAGAAAGCAGCAGGACCACGCUGGAAGGUUGAGCAGUCUCAGUCACCUCAGCCUCUUCAAAUGCAGAUGAAAUGCAUAAGGGGCCUCAAGAACAAGGCUCCCCAAGGCGCCUACCUCCUCCAAGUGUCCCUGCUUGAGAGACCAGGAGGCUCCGUCUUGCAGUGGGGGCAAAUGGAGCAGCUGAAGACCAGAACACACCCGGUGAGGCAUGAUGGAAACUUUUAUGACAUGGGGCUGUAUUUCCAUGAGAGUCUUUAUGUGGGACUCCCUCCUAAGACAGAUGUGAAACCUGGCAUGGCUUUCUUGUUUGAGCUCUUUCUCCUUCGUGGGAAAUACGCGUAUCUCGACCAAGUUGUGGGCUGGGCAGCCUUCCCUUUGUGUGAUAACAACUUUGAUGUAUUGGAGGGGAAAUUCAAGUGUCCUCUUCUCCGAGGACAUUAUGACCAGAAAUUGGACACUUUCAGGAAAAUUGAAGAUUUGAUUUGCCUGGACUUGGACCACUGGCUGUGCAAUCUCUAUUUUCAGGUAAUUAAACUUCCUCUGUGUUUGGAUGAUCAAAAAAUCCAUGAAAGACAUAUUCAGCUUCCCGCUGAAUUGCCAGUUCAUUUAAUGGCUAAAGCAGAGAAAACAGAAUCAGGUGUGAAUAAUAUAGGUGGCCUUUCAGAAAAAGAAACAGAGAAAAACUUUUGUGCAUCAAUGGAUGAUGAAGCUAAAUCCUCAUUACACUCUUCUCAGGGAAGCAUUUCUAAUAAAAUUGGUCCCUGCCCUACGGACUGUGACCUCAGUCUCUCAAAAGAAGAUCAGGAAUUACACGAUAAGAGAGAAAGCCAGACUGACCAUUCUAUGAAGGAAAAAUCAAGUGCUUGGAGAACUAGAGAAACUGAAGAUUAUUCAGAGGAUGUAUCUUACUUGGAGGAACUGGAGAAACACAGAUUUUCAGUUUGCUGUUCUUCAGUUGCUUAUAGUCGUGGAUCUGGAGAAUUCUUCAAGCAUCUCCAUUUUGUGCUGGCAUCGGUGUAUUCAGAACUUCAAUUAGCUCAAUGGCGAAGCCAGGGCUUCUGGUACAUUAUUCUGCUGGUGGCUUCUCUCUGGUUCCUGAGGCUCUACCUGCAUUACCUUAGCCAGUGGCUUUUCCUCCAGGCCACUUCAACUCCUGUUACAAAAUUCCAUUUUUCCCCUUUCACGGUUGAGCUUUGCUACUCAACUUCUUCACUUGACAUCGGAGAAGAAUUGCUUGUGGUUGUGGUGGGGCCUUUAAUGUUGAACACAAUGAUACUUCCUUUGCUUCUGAUCAGAUGGGGCUGUCAGCUACUGUUUGCCUCCUGCCCUGAUGUCUUGUCAAAGUUAAUCAUUACCAUGGGACUAUGGACAGUUCUGGACCCAUUGGCGGUGUUCAUAGUGGAUACUGUCCUGGGGCGGCUUACACGCAAUGGGGAGAGUCCUGUAGCUGAUGCAGCAAAGCUGUACUGGGCGUUUGUAAGAAGCAUGCAAUCAGGCAUUCUCGGCGUCAUGCUCACGGUGCUGCUUUACAUUCUCCUCGUCAUCAUUUCUUCUUUGAUUUUAUAUUUGUAUUGUCUCAGAUUACACAAUGAUUCUUGGAUAGUAGAUGCAUUUCAGCGUAUCCACAGUGAAGAAACCAAGUUCUUUGUACCAUAUGAUGCAGAGAUUUCCAAUCAGGAGCUAAGUUAUAUAGUGAAAAGAUCUGAGCAAUGGAGAGGAAUCAGUGGUGAAAGAAGAAAGAAAUAUUUAUUGAUGCCUGCUGUAUAUUUAUUGGACAAAAUUACACAAGAGUUGUGAAGAAUAGAAAAGAAGCUAGUGACAGAGUUCCCACGUGUGACAAGAUUGUUGACUUUAAAGUAACAGCCAAAUGAGUGAACAGGAGGGAGAGAAUGUUAUUCCUUCCUUCCUCCUUUGAUGUCUUUGUUAGUCAGCCCCUAGGUUCUCUUCCCUCUUUCAGUAAUCAUUUUUACAGACUUCAUUGGCUCCAUCAGCCUCUUCUGUGUUGGUGUCUUCCAGGAUCGUAUAGUUGGUUUAUUCGUCUUCUUACUCUACACAGUGUCCUUUGGUUAACCUCAUUUUAAUCUGUGUCUUCCAUCCUGCAGAAGAUUAUUAAAUACAGCCAUGCACCACAUAAGGAUGUUUUGGUCAACGACAGACCACACACACAAUGGUGGUUCCAUAAGAUAAGUACCAUAUAGCCUAAGUGUGUAGUAGGCUAUACCAUCUGGGUUUGUGUUUCACACAAUGUUUCACACAAUGAUGAAAUUGCCUAAUGACGCAUUUCUCAGAAGGUAUCCCUGUCGAUAAGCGACACGUGAGUUUAUGUCUCUCAAAGCUACACCUCUUUUCUGAGUCCCAAACUAAUAUAAUUCAGUAGCCUACUUGAUAUCUCCAGAUGAAUGUCUCAAGAUACCUAAAACUCAGUAUGGCCUAAAUAAAAUUGACUAAAUACAUAUUGUUAAUUAAGUAAUUAACACAUGCAUUUCGCCUAUAUCACAAAACCACAGCAUUUAUACUUCCACAAUCUCUGUACAUGGCAUUUUCAUCUACUUUGCAUGGCAAAAAUCCAAAACUCAGAGUUUUUCUAGACUUUUUAUUUCAUAGAGUGUUCUUCAGUUUGAUCAUCUGGUUCUAUUUAUUUUACUUCAUGAUAUCUGCUCUUCUCUAUUCUAUUUGCUACUACUUAUAUCUAGGACCAACUUCUGAAGAACAGCAAGACUUUGCUAACUGCUCUGUCUCAAGCUGCAGUUGCUACAUUGUCAUACUGUCCAUUAAUUCAUUCUCCACUCUUGUCAGAAUGAUACUUCUAAAAUGCAAGUCUGACCUUGCAUUCCCGUCAUAAACCCUUCAAUAAGUUCCAAUUGCCUGAAGAAUAAAAGGAAAAAUUCAUACUA